CGGGUAUGAAUAACGAGAAAAACAGCACUUUAGUUAAAGAUCUCCCCGUUAAACCAAAUAUAACAAAGCCAAGAUGGGACCAGUCGACUUUUGAAGGAAGAGCCCGACAUUUCUUUGCAAUAGUGAAUCCACUCAAUCUUUUUGUCAGCUCUCAAAAAUUGGAACAAUGCCGAAAAAUUGUGUUAAAUUAUAGAAAAGGGGAAUUUCCUUCUGAUUUAACUGUUGAGGAACUUUGGACAGCUAAAAAUAUUUAUGAUUCUGCAUAUCACCCAGCAACUGGAGAUAAAAUGUUUAUUCUUGGACGAAUGAGUGCUCAAAUGCCGUGCAAUAUGUUUAUUACUGGAGGAUUAUUAAGUUUUUAUAGGUCAACGCCAGCAAUUGUUUUUUGGCAAUGGAUUAACCAGACAUUUAAUGCAUUAGCUAAUUAUACAAAUCGAUCAGGCGAUUCAGUUGGAACUAAACAAUUGAUGCAAGCAUAUUGCUGUGCUACUGGUGGGGCACUUACUGCUGCGUUGGGUUUAAGUGCAAUUUCUAAGAAAAUGCCACCAAUUUAUGGUCGUCUUGUUCCAUUUGUUGCUGUAGCAAUUGCAAAUAUGAUUAAUUGCCCAAUGAUGAGACAAAACAAGAAUGCUGCAUAUCGAGCAGUCCCUCAAGUAGUUGUUAGUCGAGUUCUUAUGGCUUCUCCAUAUAUGGUUCUUACUCCACUUAUUGUCAAUCAAUUAGUGAAAAAACGUUGGUUCAAUAGUCGACCUUGGAUUUCUCCAAUUAUUCAAACACUUAUUUGUGGAUUAAUUUUGACAUUUUCUACACCAUUGUGUUGUGCUAUUUUCCCACAGCAAAGUCCAAUGAAGUUUGACAAAUUGGAACCAGACCUGCAAAAGAAGAUUUUGGAAAAGACUGGAGUGCCAUCUGGUUUUGUUUAUUAUAAUAAAGGACUUUGA